UAUGAUUUAAUUUAAAAAAUAAAUAAAAGUUAAUAUGAUUAACCGCAUAGCCCCCCAGACAGGUACCCCAGCCGAGCCAGAGCUGCUGUGGUAUGGCAUGGAAAUUCAGUUCAUUGCAGGGAAUAAAUGGGAAUCUGGGUUUUGAUAUAGAAACGGGAUCAUCCCUUGAAUUCCAGGAAAUACUCCCCUAAACCGCUUCAGUUUCUUCAGGUAUAAAAUAAAAACAGUAUUAAAUAAGGCUAUAAAAUAACUCAGCACGGUCUUUAACAUAUCGGAGACAGACAGUAAAAGAUGUGAAAUGCGAAUAAAACUGUCAGGAGUUCUUAUUUGUGGUGUUGGUGGGUUUUCAGGCUGCAGAGCAGCUUGUAGGUUUCAGUGAAUGGAGGUCAUAAAACCUGUAGCAGACGGGGCCGGGACGCUGAUAAUUCUUUCAAAGUCUUCGCAACAUUUUGAUUGAUUUUAAGUUGUUCGUCCUUCGUCAUUUUUCUCAAAACCGAAAAGUUCUGGAAAAAUUAUAGACAGACAAAAUUCACAUCGCUGGACUGUAAAACUCAAAAUAAGCUUAAAAAAUUGGUGAGACUCAUUUUCUCCUGGAACAACAUCAGUCAGGCGGCUAAAUACCUUAAACAAAUGUGCGGUGAUGAAGCUCGAAAUUAGUCCUCAUCGGAAAAGAAGUGAGGACUCAGAUGAGGACGAGCCUUGUGCCAUAAGUGGCAAAUGGACUUUCCAGAGGGACAGCAAGAGGUGGUCCCGGCUUGAAGAGUUCGAUGUCUUUUCCCCAAAGGAUGACCCAAUCCCUGGGUCCCCAGAUGAUUCUCACCGGAAGGAUGCUGCGAGCCCCGGGGGCAUGCUGAUGGACCUUGUGGAGUGCCAGGAGGUGUCCUCCGUCCGCAGCAUGAGCAGCACCAGCAGCCUCCCCAGCCACGCGCCCCCCAGCGAGGACACCACGACCCCCCGAACUAACUCAGUCACCAGCGUCUGCUCCUCCAGCAACUUUGCAGCCCAUGACGACUCCUUCUGCAGCCUGCCCUCUCCCAAGGAACUGUCCAGUUUCAGCUUCAGCAUGAAAGGCCACGAGAAAAACCCCAAGUCCAAGACGCGCAGCCUGCUGAAACGGAUGGAGAGCCUGAAGCUCAAGGGUUCACACCAAGGCAAGCACAAAGCGCCCGCCAAGCUGGGGCUGGUCAUCAGCGGGCCCAUUCUGCACGAGGGAGUGGACGAGGACAAGCUGAAGCAGCUGAACUGCGUGGAGAUCUCCGCCCUCAACGGCAACCGCAUCAACGUCCCCAUGGUACGAAAGAGGAGCGUCUCCAACUCCACGCAGACCAGCAGCAGCAGCAGCCAGUCGGAGACCAGCAGCGCCGUCAGCACACCCAGCCCGGUCACCAGGACCCGGAGCCUCAGUGCCUGCAACAAGCGGGUGGGCAUGUAUUUAGAGGGCUUCGAUCCCUUCAAUCAGUCGACGUUUAACAACGUGGUGGAGCAGAACUUUAAAAACCGCGAGCGCUACCCAGAGGACACGGUGUUCUACAUCCCCGAAGAUCACAAGCCUGGCACUUUCCCCAAGGCCCUCUCCAAUGGCAAUUUCUCCCCCUCAGGGAAUAACAGCUCAGUGAACUGGAGGACAGGAAGCUUCCACGGCUCCGGCCACAUCAGCCUAAGGAGGGAAAACAGUGGCGACAGCCCCAAGGAGCUCAAGAGGCGCAAUUCCUCGAGCUCCGUGAGCAGCCGUCUCAGCAUCUACGACAACGUGCCGGGCUCCAUCCUCUAUUCCAGUUCGGGUGACCUGGCUGACCUGGAGAACGAGGACAUCUUCCCAGAGCUGGACGACAUCCUCUACCACGUGAAGGGGAUGCAACGGAUAGUCAAUCAGUGGUCGGAGAAGUUUUCGGAUGAGGGAGACUCCGAUUCGGCCCUGGACUCAGUCUCUCCGUGCCCGUCCUCUCCAAAACAGAUUCACCUGGAUGUGGACAACGAUCGCGCCACACCCAGUGACCUGGACAGCACCGGCAACUCCCUGAACGAACCCGAAGAGCCCUCCGACAUCCCAGAACGAAGGGAUUCUGGGGUCGGGGCGUCCCUCACCAGGUCCACCAGGCACAGACUGAGAUGGCACAGUUUCCAGAGCUCUCAUCGGCCCAGCCUGAACUCCGUGUCACUGCAGAUAAACUGCCAGUCCGUGGCCCAGAUGAACCUGCUGCAGAAGUACUCGCUCCUGAAGUUAACGGCCCUGCUGGAAAAAUACACACCUUCCAACAAGCAUGGUUUCAGCUGGGCUGUGCCCAAGUUCAUGAAAAGGAUCAAGGUUCCAGACUACAAGGACCGGCACGUGUUUGGGGUGCCUCUGACGGUCAACGUGCAGCGCACGGGACAGCCCCUGCCCCAGAGCAUCCUGCAGGCCAUGCGUUACCUCCGGAACCACUGUCUGGACCAGGUUGGGCUCUUCAGAAAAUCGGGGGUCAAAUCCCGGAUUCAGGCUCUGCGCCAGAUGAAUGAAGGCGCCCUAGACUGUGUCAGCUACGAGGGACAGUCUGCUUACGACGUGGCAGACAUGCUGAAGCAGUACUUCCGAGACCUGCCGGAGCCGCUCAUGACCAACAAACUCUCGGAGACCUUUCUGCAGAUCUACCAGUAUGUGCCCAAGGACCAGCGCCUCCAGGCCAUCAAGGCCGCCGUGAUGCUCCUACCUGACGACAACCGGGAGGUUCUCCAGACGCUUCUUUAUUUCUUGAGCGAUGUCACAGCAGCUGUGAAAGAAAACCAGAUGACGCCCACCAACCUGGCCGUGUGCUUGGCGCCCUCGCUGUUCCAUCUCAACACCCUGAAGAGAGAGAAUUCCUCCCCAAGGUACAGGGUAAUGCAAAGAAAACAAAGUUUGGGCAAACCAGAUCAGAAAGAUUUGAACGAAAACCUAGCUGCCACUCAAGGGCUGGCCCAUAUGAUUGCUGAGUGCAAGAAGCUUUUCCAGGUUCCUGACGAAAUGAGCCGCUGUCGUAAUUCCUAUACUGAACAAGAGCUGAAGCCCCUCACCCUGGAGGCCCUGGGCCGCCUGGGUAAUCACGAGUCCACUGACUACCAGCACUUCCUCCAGGACUGUGUGGACGGCCUGUUCAAAGAGGUGAAGGAGAAGUUUAAAGGCUGGGUCAGCUACUCUACUUCUGAGCAGGCUGAGCUGUCCUAUAAGAAGCUGAGCGAAGGACCCCCAUUAAGGCUUUGGAGGUCGACCAUUGAAGUCCCCGCUACACCCGAAGAAAUCUUAAAGCGCCUACUAAAAGAACAGCACCUCUGGGAUGCAGACCUGUUGGAUUCAAAAGUGAUUGAAAUUCUGGACAGUCAAACCGAAAUUUACCAGUAUGUGCAGAACAGCAUGGCUCCCCACCCUGCCCGAGACUAUGUAGUUUUGAGGACCUGGAGGACUAAUUUACCCAAGGGCGCGUGUGCACUUUUGCUCACCUCCGUGGACCACGACCGGGCGCCCGUGGUGGGUGUGCGGGUUAAUGUGCUCUUGUCCCGGUAUUUGAUCGAACCCUGCGGGCCAGGAAAAUCCAAACUCACCUAUAUGUGCAGAGCUGAUUUGAGGGGCCACAUGCCGGAGUGGUACACAAAAUCUUUUGGACAUUUGUGUGCAGCUGAGGUUGUAAAAAUCCGGGACUCCUUCACGAACCAGAACACUGAAACCAAAGACACCAAAUCGAGGUGAUUACUGAAGCAAAGCAACUGUGUCUACCAUCCGGGGGGGUUAUUUCUAGAACCUUGCCAGUCAGUCCCCUGAAGGAUGGGUUCUGCGUCUGAUCCUCCAACAAAGAAAACUACAAGUUCAAGUGUGUAGGAAUUGACUCUGGCCAUUUGAUACAUUUUUAAAGCUGCUUCCUGUUUGUUGAAGGUCUGCGUUGCUAGACCUUGACUGGAAUAUGUGAGACUGUGCAAAAAAAAAAAAAAAAUGUAUUUGUAUUCUUAUUCAAAUUGCUUCUGAGAAGCAAAACUCUACGUUGCAGAAGAUAAUGAAGAUGUGUGUUCUCUUGUGAUAUUGGUGUGUGUAUCCUGUGUCAUUCGAUGGGCAGUGUGUGGAGAGGCUGGUGUGUCCACUGGAAUAGUUGGUACUCUUCGACAUGUUUUCUCACUGAGAUGCACAGAGAAAGGUUUGCACAGAGGCGCGUGAAUGUGUAUUUGUUGCUGGUUGAGUGGCAUAGACGUGUACGUUGGAACGCAGUGUCUGGCACACUGAGACACCUCCGAGAAGGAUAUUGAUGCAUCGGGUGCAGUUUAACCUGAACUAUCUGACCACCCCGUGGAUCCAGCAGAACGGGCUCCUAACACCCUUAUCCAUUUAUGAAGCCCCCCCCCCCCAGUUGUUAGGCAUAUGUUUUCUCCACCCAUUCCUUCUGUACUUGAAUUCGAAUAGAUUUGCUCUGAUAUCCACUUCAAAUGCAGUUUGUUUUUGAACCUGAUUGCAUGUAGUGAUGUAGUUUUAACUAGCAGAGAUUAGGUCAAGAAUGAACUCCCUCACCCACCCCCACCCCCAGCCUUCCUAGCUCCAAAACACAGCUGUGAUUUUAAGAAGAGAGGUGAAAACGGAGCGUUCCAACAUUUACUCCUGAAUCAAGCAUCACAACUUUUUCCUUGUUAAAAUUCUUCGCAUUUUUGUGUUUAGAACAGAAACCUUUCAGACACUGUGUGUAUAGAAACAUAGAAAACUAUGAAUAUCCCAGGGAAAUCUCUGCAAAUUUAACCCAGCUACAAAAGGCCUUUGUAUGGGUUUUGGGGGGUUGUUGUUUUGGUGGUAACGAUUAGCAUUCCUGAAAGCUGCCACUUUAUCAAUUGGGGUUGUUCUUAUCAGCAAAUAGGUUUUCUGAUUUUAUAACUUCUUGCUUUAUUUUGGUGUUCCUAAGUUUCUUUAUCUUUUUCAUCUUUAGAAAUGAAAUCCAUUGAAAUCCAUUUUAGUGGCAAUGGAAAAUGUAAUCACCAUAGUAAAACACCAGAACAACAAAAAAAGCCAAUUAUUUUUUGGAGGGGUGGUCUUCAUUCAGGUUUAACUGUCAUGGUAAAGAUUGACUCAAGAGACAGUAUUAAUAAAUUUAUUUUGUAUGGAUCAAAAGUGAAUAAUGUAUGAAUGAGCGUCGUAAGAAGGAUUUUUAUUUUGUGAUAACAUAAUUUAGUUACCAUAGUCAGUGUUAUUAUCAGAGGGUUCUUUUUUUUUUUUUUUGAAGAAUUUCACGGGAGUUCAGAUUAGAAUUUUAAUAUUUGAGUAUUUGGGGUAUCCCUGUUACUCAUGAAGAUGUCCUUGUAUAUUCCAUUUUGAUGCCUUCUGGAUUUGUAAGAUUAUAUGUUGUAUAUACCAAUUCUAUUAAAAAAAACGUGCCCGUGUGCACUGUGCUUUCAAACAUAGAUAAAGCAUGAUAAAGAUUAUUAUUUAAAAUAUACUUGUAUUUAUACCUCAGAUAUUCUUUUGGGUUUUUGUACCUCAAGGCUUUCUUUCUUGUUCUCCCUAUUGUAAAUACACCUCACGUGAAUACAGUCUAAGUGAAAAAAUAAAUAAAAGGAAGAGGUUUAUAACUUGCUCUAUAUCUGUACAGACUAUAUUCAGUAACUGCACUAUUAAAUGUUUAAAGUAAGGGAAAAGUCUGGCCUGCUUUCCUUUUGCAUUUCACCCCCACCCCUAAAACCACAGACUGUACAGCAGAACAUUCUAGCAUCACCUAAAACCAGAUAGAUUUGCCGAAGGAAAAGUUGGACUGCAAAUCAUUCCAAGGCCGAACUGCAACUGAGCCACUUACUCACAAACAGGAAACCCUGGUGAAGGUUCAGGAAGCUUGGAGGCUCCCUCCAGACAAAGGUCCAGUUAGGGAAGGAUGCUGAGAAAGUUAGAACAGGCAGCAGCGGCCGAAAGAGGCACGUAAGCCAAGUCAAGGUCACCGACCGAUUCCACAAAAGGCCUCUUUCCCGCUUGUUCAGCUUCCCUGUUGAAAGGAUUCCUUAUGUAUUUGAAAAGAAUUUGAAGGAUAUGAACAUUUUCAAGAACUCUGCUGAGGUCACUUAAAGCAAUAUCACAGAGUGCUCAUGUGACUAGUCGCCUAGAUUGUAAGCUCUCUGGCCGAGAGCAGGGCUCCUCUCCCACACGACUUUAUAAUCCCCUGCAGCGGCUUUCAGUAUUUUGUACUUGUAGGCACCCAAUAAAUUUAUAAUUUGCUCAAUUGUA